AUGAAUUUCGGUGAUCUACAAUCUCGUGAUGGGCUUCUCUCGCUUAACAAAUUCCUUGUUGAUAAAUCCUACAUAUCAGGUUAUCGUCCAACACAAGAAGAUCUUACUGUAUUUGAAGCAGUGAAGCAACUCCCGUCGGCUGAUUUCGAAAAUGCUCGUCGAUGGUACAAACAUAUUGCUUCAUUCAAUGACGAAGAAAAACAACAAUUUGAAGAUGUUCCUGUCACAAAGAUUGACGCAGGAACUGACAAUGACGAUGAUUUCGAUGUGUUUGCCAGCGACGACGAAGAAGAAAGUGAACUGAAAAGACAACGUCUAGAUGCUUAUGCAAAACAAAAAGCCAAUAAACCGGCUGAGAUUGCUAAAAGCUCCAUCGUUCUCGAUGUUAAACCAUGGGAUGAUGAGACUGACAUGCAAGAACUUGAAGAACAUGUUCGUUCAGUUGAAUUGGAUGGACUUCUGUGGGGUGCUUCUCAAUUCAUUCCUCUUGCUUAUGGAAUUCGUGCCUUACAGAUUACAUGUGUUGUUGAAGAUGAAAAGGUUGGUACCGACAUGCUUGAAGAACAUAUUACUGCAUUCAAAGAUCAUGUUCAAUCGGUCGACAUUGCUUCAUUUCGAAAGAUUUAA